AUGAACAAAAACCCGUAUGAUCCUGAUGCAAUCUUGAUUUCUUUUCACCGGAGGAUGGUUAGAAGCGUUGCUGGAAAGCAUUCUGGGAAACACAAUCUGGGACAGAAAACGCCCAUUCAUCACAAUAAAGCGCGGCAGAGCGUAAUAAAAAAGCAAACAACUCCCAACUAUCUGACAGGAUCAGAUAACGUACCUGCUGGAAUGACCAACGUGAAGCAACCCGGAGGUUCCUUAACUGCUGCUGUUGGAGAUGGAAAAACUGACGACACAUCGGCCAUUCAGGCCAUCGUUAAACACGUUGCAGGUUCCACAAACAACAAGGUUUUUUUCCCUCGUGGUGAGUACCUGGUCAGCAGUGAUAUUACUAUAAGUGGCUCAGUGGAAUUGCAUGGAACCCAGAGUGGUAUUGCAGUUAUCAAGGCGUCGAUUCCAUAUGCCAUAGAAAUACAGAAUGCUUCACCAGUAAAGCGUGUUUCACUGAAGUAUCUGUAUCUCGACGGAAUUCUUGUAGUAUUUGAUGGUCAAACUAAAGGGCCAUCAUCUACAGGUGACAUUACAAUAGAGAGCUGUGUAUUCUUUUCAUCGGUAAGUCCAACUGCAAGCAACGGACGGAAACGGCAACUGGUGAUGAUGGAGCUUGGAAACAGUCGUGUUUACAAAAACGUCUUUUUACGUGAUUCAGGUGCAUAUGGAGUUGCUUCCAGAUUUAGAAGUACUUUGAGCGUUUGGGUAAUUGACAACGUAUGUGGACUUGAGCUAAGUAAACUAGAGUGGUUGUCUUCCAAAGUUGAGCCAGUAUCCCAUUGGCGAGAUCAAAAACAGAAAUUAGAGUUCCUGAAGACUCGUUACAAUCUUAAAUCUGACCAAGGCUACUUUAAAAGUUGUCUUUAUGACCAGUGUGACAGAAAAAUGAAAAUAGCGGAAAAUAUAUUCAACGGAAGUCCCAAUACCGGAAAGCAUAGAGACCACGCCAUGUACCUGAAAGGGUUUGAUAACAUGGAAGUGAAAAGCAAUUAUGUCAGAGGUUGGCCUGCGAAUCCAUCAGGUGGUAUCAAAGUUCGAAAUGGAAAAAAUCUUUGGCUUGCUCGUAAUUACGUCGACGACACAGGCAUUUUGUUGUAUUCACACAGAAAACGCAAGGCCUGUCUUCAUGAUGGUCUCAAGAACGUGAUCAUCUACGGAAAUCACCUGGUACAGCGAACGAGACCAGGCAGACGAGAAAGCAGUUUAAGCUAUUAUGAACCCCACUCGGUUGGAAAGGAUGAGAAUAUCAAGUACUCUGCUAACGUAUUUGAGAUCGUUGGGUUCAGUAACCCGACUAAGUACAGAUGCAUUUGGCUGACCAAUGGUAAUCCGUCUCAACAUCAUGUGUACAAAGACAACGUGUAUCAUGGGACUUCGACGACUGUGAAGCUGCAAGCGAGGGGAGGUACUCCAUCAUACGAAACAAGGGACAUCGACCAGAAAAUCAAAGAUCUGUACAACUAUCCAGUAUACAAACUAGACAUUCCACCUUAUUAAACUAUGUACUUGCACACAUUAUCAGAAAAGUUGUAAAAGUUAACCGUUCACGCUCUAACAUCAGUAUACAAGUUCUUUGCAGCACUUGAGACGUCUUGUACUGCCUGACAUAAAUUACCAAGUCGUUGUGCUAUAAUUUCGUCUCAUUUAAAAUUUGGUGGCGUGCUUUUCAUCGAUAUUUUAUUUAAGGUAUUUUUCGCCAAUAAAUUUCUUUGCAGUAAAGGCACUUUACGGGGGUUGAUAUGGUACCUGAUAAGGAACCAACCAUCAUCUUAUUUGACGAUACCUUCCAAUAAGGAUUCACACAUGUCACUGAUAUCUCUAGUGUAGCCAAUACACAUAUAACUAAUUCAAAUUUAUUUUAUUUCAGGAGUAGCAAGCAGAGUAGGCGUAAUUUUCAGGCGAGCGAGUGCUCAGUGUUUUCUUCGC